ACACUCUGAAUGGGUUCGGAUUCUUGUGGUGUUUUCAUUGUUUUAGCUUUUUUUACUGCCUCGUCAUGACCAUUUUACCGAAGAAAAAGCAUUUAGAAUCCAAGAAGACUGAUACAAGUUCAAGCAACGACAACAGAACACGGAUACGCAAUAAUUCUUCUUGGACUUCAUCCGCUGGCGUUACCGAAAGAAAUCGCUCGACCGAAGAGUAUUCUGGCCAUGGCGAAGAGCUAUAUCUAGGAAAUAGUUUUGAGAGUAGAGAGGCAGCUGAUGUAGCUUCUAACACCUCGAAAAGAAGGCAUAGAAGUCCUCCGCAUCGCCACAAAUAUCAUGAAAGGCACAGCGAAGAAGCAGGAAAUAACAGUUCCGAUGAAUACGAGUGUGCCCAAACCGACCAACCUUUGUCGACCGAAGAGGUGGAGAGGCAGUUUGAGCAAGCUCUUAAAGAAAAGAAAGGUUUCAUUAUCAAGAAAAUGGCACAAGAUGGUGCUUGCUUAUUUCGGGCGGUCGCUGAACAUGUGUAUGGUGACCAAGAAUGGCACUCCGAGGUCAGAAAACACUGUAUGGACUACAUGUUCAAGAAUGAAGACUACUUCUCUCAGUACGUCACUGAAGACUUUAAAAGUUACAUCAAACGUAAACGAGAAAAUCAUUGCCAUGGAAACCAUAUUGAGAUGCAGGCCAUGUGUGAGAUGUACAACAGGACAAUUGAAGUUUAUCAGUAUAGUACAGAACCCAUAAAUAUUUUCCAUAGUUCUUACAAAACUGAUUAUGAACCAAUCCGCCUCAGUUACCACAAUGGUGUGCACUACAAUGCAGUUCUUAAUCCUAAUAAGCCAUCUGUAGGUGUAGGGCUUGGACUUUCUGGGUACAAACCAUGGGGCACCCUUGUAAGUGAUGCAUUCAAGCAGUCAGAGGAUUGGCAAAUUGAACAGCAAAUGUUAGCAGACAAACUUCGUUGCACUGACUGGGAAGCAACAAAUGAGGCCAUGGAAGAGGCAGUAGCCAGAGAAUCAUUUUUGGAAUUCCUCAGAGAAAGAGAAAAACGAUCAAGGGGAACUAGAACAUUGCCGUGCUCCAGUCCUACUGCAACAAGCAGCACAUCAACAUGCACCGAGUCAAAGCGGCCAACAUCCCCUCAUCACAGAGAACGAGAACGCGAGGCUGCUGAAAGUGCCCCUCCCAGCAAAUCUCCACGUCAUUCUCCUAGCUCUCCCAGGCAUGAGACUUUGGCGAGUGCUUCCUCAUCAGAAACAAAAACAUGCCCUCCAACAAGUAAUGCAACGAUGACAUGUACUGUUAGUAGCGUGAAACCAACUUACUAUGAUUCUAAGCCAGGAUGUUCUACUGAAUCAUCCAACCCACCUUCACCCCCUGGGGCGACUGGUGGUACUGAUGGUCCAAAUUAUCUAGACUUCUUACCUCCCAAUGGAUAUGGUUUUUCUAAAUGGGAAGAUGAAAGUAUUCUGGCAGCGGUCUUAGCUGAGUCUCAAAAAGAAUACUUUGACAAACUUAGAAAGGGUGCUGCAGGCAAAGACAAAAACAGUGACGAUGAUUACAAAUCAUAGCAGUUUUAUGAGAUGAUCCUCAGAGAGGAUCAAGAAAAAAAUCAGUUUAGAUUGUUUUGCAAUGAUUGUUAUUUUAGUGCAGUUAUAAUUGUUUGUAAAUUGGGUCCUGGUUAAAAAAAAAGGGUAAUUAAGAUUUUCAGUGUGGUACAUAUUUUCAAUUCAAGUGUGACACUUGAUUUAUGAUACAAAUUGAACUGUUUAAUGAAUUUGGUUUGCUUGGAAGGAACUUAAGAAGAUCCUCUGAAAUAAUUUUUCCUUUUAAAGUACUCUUUCUAGGCAAAAAAUUAGUGAUUAUGUUGUUAUGGCGUGAGUAUUGUGAUAAUCUUCUCACCUUUAAGUGAUUAUUCUAGAUUCGUUCAACUGAAAUUUUGCCUAAUUCCUUGUUUGUGGAGAGAAUUAGCAAUAUUUCAUUUUAUUAUCCACUGUAUGCAUUGUUUUAUUUUGCUGUUUCUUUAGUAUAGUCGGGCAUGGGACUUUUACUUGCAUGAAAUUCAUAAAUGACAGAUUUGCUUACAGUAUACAGUGACUCAUCUGAAGGAAAUUUCAACAUUUUUUUAAAGAGUUGUGAAAUGAUCAUUCUUUUGUUUUGGUUUUAAUUUUGUUAACAUAAAGGUAACAACUCUUUGUUAGAUGGUGGCAGUUCUUUUACCUCUAAAUUCUAAAGAUGUGAUGUGUAAUUCUCCCUUCCAGUUGCCAUAACUUUUUUUGUUACUCUGUAAGGAGAAUUUGGUGUCACAUAAAGAUGACCCCCUGCAGUUGAUAUGUGCAAGUUUAUCUUUUUCCAUCUACUGAUUUUAUGGAUAUUGUUUGAUUAUUGGAAGGAGAAUUUACCUGUCAAUCAGCUGGGGGAAAUUAGGGUUGACUUGAGGUGUGGAAGAAGAUAGAAGAGUGACAAAGACGUAAGGUAACAGGGGAGUGGGCCUACUGAUCCAGGUGUAGGGAGUGGAAGUGGGACGGGUCAGUAUCCUUAGUUGUUUUGUCAUGUGCGAUGCAUAGGAGUGUGCAGUUCCUGGCAAGGUUGUAACGGCUCUUUGUCAUCAGUGAUAGAGACUGUGUGAUUGUGACUCCCCCAAAAUUAACUUUCAAUGUGAAACUGCUUAUUUGGAUACUUUAACGAUGAGUUCGUGUAUGAGUAAACUUUUGGCUACACAUGAUAAAAACCUUUUUUUAUUUUUCAAAGAACCUUAUACUAUUUAAACACUUUGUGGAAAAUCUAUUGAUCACUUAUAAUAAUUCUGGUUUAAAAUGAAGUGAACUCUUGUAAUGUGUUUGUUACUCCUGACCUUUUAUCUGUGAUUCAGAAUGUGAUAAUAGUUCGGCUCGGUUUCAGGUGUAUAUACAAUGUAAAUGUAACAAAAUUAAUAUUCUUCAAAAAUGCAAUAACAUACAUGCUUCAAAUAAAGAACUUGGAACUGAAAUCA